AUGCAGUUCUCUACCAAACUCUCCACUCUCUUCGCUGCUGUUGCCCUCGUCGUAGCCGUUGCGAGUCCGACUGUCGUCAAAGCCACCAUCGUCGAGCAGAGGACUACCUCGGAGUUCGCUGCACGGGACAGCAACGAGAUCACCACCUUCAUCGUCACUGAGGCCGAAAUGAAGAACUGGAUCGCGACCACCGACGCUAACCUCACCUUCUUCGGAGAACCGAUCACCUACGACAUCGUUCCGCGUUCGGCCCAGAAUACCAUUGUCACCUACUGCAGCUCCCGCGUCGGCAAUGUUUGCGGUGGGCAAUGCAGCGUCUACAACGGCGGCGCUACCUGUCUCAACGCUCCGGAUACCCAAUGCCUCUCUGCAACGAACAACGUCGGGUUCUGCAACACGAGCGGAUGCGGCGGGAUCUGCAACCAGUUUUCGACCUGUGGGGUGAGGUUGGAGAACAACUUCUGCGACACGCCCGGGACAGAAUCCAUUAUCGUCAGCAACGCCUAAUCCUGCAAUGCCAGCUUCGAAGGUCUGUGGAGUCUAGGGAUGGUUCACCGCCGUAUUCAGCCUUUGCCUUCGAUUCUGAAGGAGCCUGGGUCGGGAAGUCGGUUGUAAAUGUAUCGCUGCUCUUUUUCUUUGAAC